AUGGGUUCCUUCCCAACCAAGGUGCUUCAGGGAUUUCGCGAUUCGAGAUAUUUUUUUCACUCCUUUCCAACAAUUUUCUCGAACGUACAAACUUUAUGGACUUAUCGGGGGAGAGAUUCUCAAUUCGUGCGUUCUGUGUUCGCCCCGCCGGAGUUACUAUUAGCGGCGGCAUGCGUAUCGCGAGUUCUGAUCCAGGACUAUCAGUUUUCUUCUCUCUCUCUCUCUCUCUCUCUCUCUCUCUCUCUCUCUCUCUCUCCCUCUCUCCCCACACACUCCCAGUUGGCGAGUCCAAUUGGGGGAAAAGUGGAGAACGACUUACAUUUAUACAAAGAUUAUCUUCCGAAAUCCUGGAAUUGGACUUGCUGUGCAAGCAGAAACGAUUUCCGAAGCCUGGAAAAAUGUCCUUGGGAAAGGAAAGGACCUGGUCCCCUUCUCACAAGGAUUGGAUUGGUGUUAUCCUGAACAGACAACGCGACUGGUCCCCUUAGGUUUUCUCAUUAUUCGGACGACGCCAAAAAUAGUUUAACCCCCGCUAUAUUUUUUCUGUACCACUCUCCCUCCCCCAGUUAUGGGCGCGUCAUUUUCCCCGUUCUUUAGCGCGGCGGUUUCCUGCGAAGUGAGGAGAGGGAGGAGGAAGGUCAUCAUAUGUACUUGGACCAUUUUCGAGAUGCUUGAAGAUGCCCUGGCAUUUGCUGGCAUCAACAUUGCCUAUGGGUCGCUGGUGACUGCGAUGGUUGCCCCUUUCCUCGUGUGACGAGCGAUCUUGGUGGUCUACGUUUUUGUCAACCUUGUAGGUGGUCAUCGACGGGACAAAUGUUUUAGGUAUCUCGGUGCGCGGUAAUUUCCCAUCACUGAUAAUUUUCUGGCAGAAUUGGUGUGUUCGAUGGGCAAGGGUGCCAGAGCGAGUUGAGUGCGGGGAAGUGGUGAGGACUCAACGUUCGGGAACCACCCGGGUUCAGGCACCGAAUUCUUCGAACAGGUACCAAUGCCAUUGGGAGCCUGCCCCGCACCAAAAACCGCGCCGCUGGGGUGCUUCAUGCAGUAUGAGUUACAACUGAUACCCCACACCAUUGUUAUUGCUGUGGGGUGUCAAGAGUGGGGUUUUGUCUAUUGGGGAUGUGCAGCUGUGGGUUGGGUUUUCAGCGGACGCGUUGCAGAUCGUCAGGAUAAGCUCGUGUCGUUGACAUUCUUCAUGGGAUGUGAGGUUACUUGUUACAACUGUGGGGGAGGGGGAGCUGUUUUUCGCUAUUUGAGAGAAGGGAUUUGAAGCAGUAAUCCCGCAGUACGGGGCUUGCAGAGCACAGCUCUUUCCAUGGACCAUUGAAUUAUUGGUAUCUGGAGCUGGUCUCCACUCUACCAAUCCUUCUGUUCGAUAAAUGGAAUAGCGCUCUGGGAUAGGUAAAACCCCUCCAAUAGCGAUACCACACGUUCGGGGAAAAGAGAAUCCACUCUGAAUUAGACCUGGGUAAACUGGUUUAUGUUCCAUCAUAUACAGGUUUCUAGGUCGGAGAUUUGGGCGAUGAGUCUUUUUUUUUUUCCCGUUACAUUUCACAUUUCCCCUUCUACUACUGGUGGGGGGAGAAUGGGAAAUGAAGGGAUAAAAAAAGAAACGGAAAGAAGAAACUCAAGUCUUAUUUUUUUUCUUUCUAAUGUACUGGUACCUCGCCUGUUUGGGGGUUUCUUUUCUUUCCAGUCUUUAUGGCAGUGAAUAGAGAAGAAGCGAAUACGGGAGAUCUGGGUUUGUGAAAUGGCACAAGGUGUAAUGCUCAAGAUUCGAUAACCAAAAUUCUCCUUUUUGUCGUAUCAUAUAAGGAAGGAAAAAUUCUCCUAUCAUACUGCUG